CGUCACGACUGCAGACGCCUUCGGAACGCGGCCUUCCUCAUUCUCUCGAUUUACAGUUCAAUUGUUGUAUUCACACGAAAAAAUGGAGCGUCACUGCACCACAUACUCAUGGAGAGUGAAAAUGCCAGCUGGAUAUGAAGCCACCGUGACAUCGAAUUAUGCAUCAGCCAAAGUGAUCGCCAAUUGCGCUGUGUACGUGACAAUACGAUGGGUCGAACAUAAUCGGGUGAUUGUCCAAUUAGUAAAGACCAAGGAGAGUCCCUUCCAGGUCGACAUUACUGCAAAACUUUGCAACUUCGAAGAGAAAUCGAUCAACGGAUUUCAGUGGAGGAGGAGCUGUGAAUUCAUGUUCACUGGGAACUUGCUACCACUAACUGCUGACAGAGUACUUCACAUUGUCUGUGAAGUGCUCUGGGAACUACCUUCAGUCAUUCCUCCACCUCCCACGUUUCACUUUCCUGAGGAGAUGCAGGCAUUCCUGAUGAAUCAGGCAUUUAGCGAUGUUGUCUUUGCUAUUGGGGACGAGGAAAUUCCAGCUCACAAGCUCAUCCUCGUUAGCAACAGUCCUGUCUUCCUGAGGAUGCUGUCGACACCGAUGGAAGAGGCUCAGACCAAUCGGGUUGAGAUCCUGGACAUUCCUGUGGACAUCAUGAAGGUAAUGCUCACUUUCCUGUACACAGGGAGGUAUCAGGCUCUGGAGGACGUCGAUGUCGCGUGUCGUGUUCUUGCUGCAGCACAGAAGUAUGACAUCGGGAGUCUCAAGGAUGUCUGUGAGUACAGCCUUUUCACGGAACUCGAGGUCGAGAAUGCAUUGAAGAUUCUUGAGUAUGCUGAGGUCCAUAAGGCUGACAGGCUCAAGCAAGAGUGCUGGAGGUUUGUCAUUAGAAAUAAGAGGGAGAUCAUCACUACUGAACAGUUUCGAGAGCUCUGCUUGAGGAAUACUCUCCUGAUGGAUCAGUUCAUGGAGGAGAUCGUCAAGGCGGACCCUUGAGGGGUCUCGACGAUCGCUCACUUCACUUUUUCAUUUUUUUUUAGUAUUCAUGGUUUGAUAUUUCGUAUUGAGAUUUUUUGAUGGUAAUGCAGGGAGUUGUUCAUUCUCAGGGACAUAUUGAUGAGGUUUAAACGACUGUUGACUCAACGGGUUUCGAUUAACGCUCGUUAUUAGAUUUAUUAUAUUUUGACGUCUUGCAUUUUCAAAAUAUUGCUUUGAGUAUUUUUAUAAGGAUUGGGGAAUUCGAUAUUCCAGAGGUUUAGAGUAAAUGUCAUUCUGUUAGUUGACAUUCUAUCGUUUUUCGUUUGUCGGAAAUGUUUCCAUUGGAGAUUAAUAAGCGGCUUAUGAUAUUUUCAUAAUAAUUAAUGUGAUUGUUCAUUUUCUUGGGAAUAUUUACGAGGUUUAGACGAGAAUAGAACGCUCAUUACUUGAUUUAUUAUAUUUCAACGUCUUGCAUUUUCAAAAUAUUGCUUUGAGUAUUUUUAUAAGGAUUGGGGAAUUCGAUAUUCCAGAGGUUUAGAGUAAAUGUCAUUUUAUUAGUUGACAUUCUAUCAUUUUUCGUUUUUCGGAAAUGUUUCCAUUGGAGAUUAAUAAGUGACUUAUGAUAUUUUGAUAAUAAUUAAUGUGAUUGUUCAUUUUUUUGGGAAUAUUUACGAGGUUUAAACGAUUGGUGACUCAAAGUUUUUCGUUUAACGCUCAUUAUUCGAUUUAUUAUGUUUAACGUAUUCUUGCAUUUUUUAAAUAUUGUUCUGAUUAUAUUCAUAAUCGUUGGAUAAUUUAGUAUUCUAGAGGUUUAAAGAAAAUACUCUUUUGUUAAUUGACGUUUCAUCAUUUUAGAUGUGUUGUAAAUGUUUCAAUGAAAAAUGAAUAAAUGACUUUUGAUAUUUUCAUACUAA